AAGUUAUAUUUUUUUCCUAAUUCUUUUUUAACUACAUUGUUCCACUCCGUCUGAGAUUGACUCCCAUCGUCGCCUACGGUGCGUUCGGCUCUUCGGCGUUUCCAAUCGUUCGACUGUCUUUGGCUUCUCCGUUUCUUCUCUUCCCUCCAUCCCUCAAAUCUCCUCUUUCUCUCUCUCUCUCUCUCUCUCUCUCUCUCGUCUUUCUCUAUCUCUCGGUCACUCCUCGUGGAGAGGCGAGGCUAUUACUGCUUUACUUUUCGCUCCCUUCUCGUCGGUAGCGUGCAUGAUUGCAUCAAUUUCGAUCCCGAACUUGACUUGGCAAGGUUUUGUUGAUGUGGCUUAAGUUAUAAAAUUACUUUGUGGUGACAAGUUUCGCUUGUGAUCUUAUGGAAAACCACAAACUGCAAAUUCUAGGGAAGAAAAUUAGCUUUGAAUAUAGAAAAAGCUGUUGCAGUCCAAGUUACGCAAAGCUUCCACUGGUGGAAAAUCCGUUGAUGUUGCCCAGAGUAGUACACAUAGGAAAGAUGAAUCUACUUCUACCGAAGAUUUAGAAAAUGAAGAUACCAUUACCAAUACCUUGAAUCAGGAAGUGCAGGAUACAUCUUUUAUUGGAAUUGAUGCCUCCAAUUUUUCAAUGUUGCCUGACAAUGGCUAUUCAAAUAUACCUCCUGAUCAGAUGAGAAUGAUUCAAAACAUUAAUGCAUUAAUUGCAGAGUUGGCUAUGGAGAAGGAAGAGUUGGUUCAAACUUUGGCGUCUGAGUCAUCUCGUUGUUCUCAGUUGAAGGAGUUGAACUAUGAGUUGACCCGAAAACUUGAAGCUCAGACUCAAAGAUUAGAGUUUUUGACUGCUCGAAGUAUGGCUAAUGAGAACAUCUCUGCAAGACAACCUGAUUCUCAGGAUGUCCGUGAGAACAUUCAAUAUGUCGAUGAAGGCGACAAGUAUGGAAGAGGCAAAAAGAAAAUUUAUGCUUGUAGCACAACAACUUACGCAGGCUUUCAAGCUGUAAUGACCGAAGAAGAGUCAGAGAAGUUUAAUGGUCUACCUGGAGUUAUCUUCGUACUCCCUUAUUCUUACAUCCAUCCACAAAACAAGGAGUGUGGAGAUGGUGUUGCGCCUCGAGCUAAGAUGAACCAGCAAAGGUCACGGCGUUUCAAGACUGCUAAGGAUGUAGCUGAGGAGGCUCCUCCAGUUUAUCUACCAGAAAGGAACUUGCCUCCACCUCCUGCAUAUGUGAUGAACAACCUGGUGACUGAAACAAAUAUGUAUCAACACCAUCCACCCCAGAAAUUGAUAUGCUCUGUUAUGUUUGGUUCUUGUGGGCUUCUUACUUAGGGAUAGUUCAAAAGUGUUCUUCUUCUUUGUAUUUUUUUGAUCUGAAAGCAUGCUGUAUAAACUUUAUUGCAUGGUCCUCUCUUGAUGAUGCCUUGUCUUCUGAUUUUAUAAGUAUUUUUUCGUUGUAACAAAAGUUGUCUUUGAGUUGUUCCUUGAGUCACUGCCAUGUGCAUCUUGUUCAAUACAUUCAGUGACUUGAAGGUAUGUCCUUGUUUGACUUCAGUUGAUUAGUGAAUAAUAUUGUAAAGUUUGGCAAAAAUGCAGGUUGAUACCGCUAGUAAUUUUGCUGACUUUGAACUUCUCUUUUGCAAAAAUGCAAAAAUGCAGACAUAUGAGUAAAUUGAGUUAUUAUUGUAGCUUUUUUUUAAUCAGCUUUGGCUGACCUCCAGUUUUGGGCUUUUGUUUUGCUUGUUUCUUAGUUUUAGCUCUCGGACUUGGAAAUUGUGAUAAUCAUGCCGUGACCCAAUUUUUGUUUAAAUCCUUUGAUGCGUUCCUCAUAUUAAUCUAGAUUUUAGGAUUCUCAUCUUUAAUAGCUGAAAUUUUUUUUUUCUAUUGGCAAAAGUGACAUGUUUUAUGUUAUAUUUUGGGGCAUGUUAUUGUUUAGUUGAAGGUGAAAGGGUUUGAAAUACAAAGAGAAUUCCCAUUACUAAUGGAAUAGUAGUCUAAUUUGUAAUUAAGGCCUUUAUAUUGCUUCAUAAUUUACUGUCAUAUGGGAACAACAACAAAAGGCUGAAAGAUUUCAUAAUUUUUAAUUUACUGUCGUAAGAUUUUCUAGUUGUGUUAUGCUUCAAUGAACUUUGCAAAGUUUGCCACCUAUUAUGUGCCACAGAAAAUCUGUUUCUUAUUGCAAAGUUUUAAUAUUGAUAUUUCUUUCCAUGCUUAUUUUUGCAUGACUAGAGCUAAUUUUCAGAUUAAGCAUGCCCAACAUCUUACACUUGGGACUGCAGACUGGUUUGGUGAACUAGGGAUUAGUGCUUCAUUACAGGGUUGUUGAGAUCAGCUGCACUUUGGUCAGGAAAUUAUAUCCUAAUCCUUAUAGUGCUACUAUAAUGGCCAUGGGUGUUAACAUCGUGGCAAAGAGAUUGAAAUGAUUGGGGUUCUUGAUUGAGUUUCUAUCCCAUGCUGCCAUUGUUGGGUUCAUGGGAGGAGCUGCCAUUACAAUUGCCCUACAGCAAGAAUUUCACAAAGAAGACAGAUAUUGUCUUUGUUUUGCGCUCAGUGUUUAAUUCAACCCACCAUGUUGUAAUAUGAUUUCUUAAGCCUAGACUAGUAGACUAAAUAUUGUAAUUACAUUUGAGUAAUUAAUAAAAAUCUAUUUAUGUUA